AUGAGGAAAGAAACAGAUGAUUCAAUAGCCCUCCGUGAUGUGCAACUUAUAGCGCCCUCUGCCGUGAAACUGGGUGAUACUGUACUCCUCGGUUGUAAAUGGACACUAGAAGGCAACGAGACUUUAUAUAGUGUAAAGUGGUAUCGAGGAAGGCAAGAGUUCUUCAGUUACCUCCCUAAGGAAUACCCGUUCACUAGGAUCUUUGCACAGCCUGGAAUUGAUGUCGAUGUGAGUAUUGAUGCCUAG